GGCGGGACUUCCGCUGACAAAAAAUGGAAUGAGCGGAAACCGCUGCAGAAACCAACCGCCUUUCCUCGCCUACUGUACCCGAACCAGGUCUCGCUGUCUGUCGGCCUGAAAAACGGACCGCGGACGACCACGAACGAGCAGGACGAGGAGCGGUGCAUAGAGGGACGACAAGAUGCCGCACAACUUCCGGCCCGGGGAUCUUGUGUUUGCUAAAAUGAAGGGAUAUCCCCACUGGCCGGCCCGGAUUGAAGAUGUUGCAGAGGGGGCUGUCAAACCUCCGCCUAAUAAAGUCCCCAUUUUUUUCUUUGGGACUCAUGAAACAGCAUUCCUUGCACCCAAGGACCUUUUUGCAUUUGAAAAGUACCAAGACCAAUAUGGGAAGCCCAACAAAAGGAAAGGGUUCAACGAAGGCUUGUGGGAAAUCCAAAACAACCCUCAUGCCUCCUAUAGCACACCUGCACCUGCAUCAUCAUCAUAGUGCUGAUUUGUAAAAUAUUCCUUGUCGGGAAGUGAUGCGGAAGAUGACGAGGAAGCGGUGGUACCGAGGAAAGCUGAAACGGGAAGUAAUGAUUCUGACUCUGGAAGUGAGGAUCAAAGGAAGACGGCAGUGAAGCGCAAAGCUCCUGCUGCAAAGCGGCCACCAGUGAAGAGAACACGGGCGUCAUCCAGUGAUCGAGAUGGAGAGGAGAGUGGAUCUCCCUCAGAACCUGAACCAUCACCCAGCUCGGACUCUGACUCCGGCAAAAACAGCGACCAGGACUUCACGCCACAGAAGGAGUCGGGCGGUCGAGGCGGAAAAAAGCCAGCAGGCAGAGGCAGGAGGAAGUAUGGAUCUUCUUGAUCUUAUUCAGUUUUUUGGUCCCAGUCAGAUCAGAGGGCCGUCAGGAGCGAUUCAGAAGAUGAGAAGCCCCGGCCGGCCGUCUCUGGAUCCGAAUCGCAGUCUGGAUCCAAAUCCGACUCCGAUUCAGAACCUCCUCCUCCUCCUGCAAGGAAAGCCCCACAAGCGCGCAAGAAAGCGGAUAAACCACCACCAAAGCCUCGGGGAAGGAAAGCCAAACCAGCUCCAGAAAGGGCUCCUUCCUCUUCAUCAGACAGCGAUAGUGACAGUGAGACGGACCGCGUCAGCGAGUGGAAGAAGAGAGACGAGGAGCGGCGGAAGGAACUGGAGGAGCGAAGGAAGAAAGAGGAGGCUGAAGAGCUCCGUCGGCUCCGGGAGCGAGAGAAAGAGGAGGAAGAGAAAAGGAAAAAGGAGAAAGAGAACAAGGCCAGGAGAGGAAGCAGCAGUGACAGCAGCAGCAGCAGCUCUGACAAUGACGUGGAUGAUCACCCUCUCAAAAAAUCCAAGAAACCUCCGCCUCCCCCCAUCCCCGCACCUUCAGACUCCGACUCGCCACCACCUGCAGAGGUGAAGAAAUCCGCCAAACGUCAAGACAGCCGGAAAGGGCGGCAUAAGAAAGAGAAGGAGGUGAAAGAGAAAAAAGAGAGGAAGAUCAAAGAAAAGAGGCCUCAGAGAUCAGAGGAGAAAGAAAAAACGAGGCAUAAGGCCGAGAAGCCGAAACGGAAACCGACGCGUCUAUCUGAGAAGAAAGUCGAGAAGAAAAAAGGUCAAAUGAAACAUGUUCUCAUGGCUAUCCAUAAAGUGAUGAGGUUUUAACUGAAAGUUGACAACCCAGACAUUGAGAAGUGUCUGCAGGCCCUGGACGAGCUCAGCUCAGUACAAGUAACCACUCAAAUCUUGCAGAAGAAUGCAGAUGUUAUUGCCACACUCAAAAAGGUACAAACAUUUGCCAUUUAUAAUGAGGUUAUUGUUAAUGUUAAUGCAGUCUACAAUAAACUGAAGCUCCAGUUCAUUGGCAAGGUUGAGACCACUAAGGCAGGAAAAGAUGAAAUGGAUGAAGAGAACAAAGAGAAAGAUGAGCAAAACGCAGAUGACUCUAAACCAGUGAACGGAGAGUCAGAGAGUGAGAAAAAAGACGUUUCUGAAUCGGAAAGCAACCCCAAACCCACAGACCAAGAGAAACAGGAUGAGAACAAAUCCCCGAACGGCAUCAGGCCCAAUCCAGACGAGCCAGCAGAGCAGCAAACACACACGGCUGACUCCACAGAGGCCGAUCCGGCAGCAGACACAGACGUGAAAGAGGACAGUAGAGCGCAGGACGAGCAGAUGUCUUCUGAGAGCUGAACGAUUCACAAACACACUUUGGCUUCCUUCAUUCGUCUGUGUUACUUUUUGUCCGCCCACCUUUGUGAUCUACAUGAGUUUCUCGUGUUGUACAUAAAACGUGAUAUGAACAUUAUUAGCACUUUUGAAUUGAGACGUCAUGAGGCCAACAAGCGCCUUAAUCUAAAUGUUCAGUGUGGAGGAUUCUGCGCUACACACAUCCGGUCAGUCGAGGACGAGCAUUUUAUUUCAGAACCACGCUGACGUCGAGGAGGAAGAACACCGAAGCCCCAAUGUAUUUGAAGACUGUGCUUGUAUUAUGUAGCCGCUUUUUAUGAGUAAAACCUUUUUUGCUUUA